UGUUAAACAAUAUUAUGUUAAAAAAUACUAAAUUAGCUUUAUUCAUACAUUGAUGUCUCUAAUCAAAUGCUGUUUUUUUGUUACUCUUUUCUAACCAGACUCAGUGAGUGCCAGCGAGUACAAAUACCACAUUGUGAAAUUACUCCACUAUAAGUAAAAGUCCUGUAUUCACAAGUUACUUCGUAAAAGUACUGUUAUAAGUUAAGACUGCUUAAGACAAGGCCUCACAAAGUGAUUAAUAAUAUUUAUAAUAAUAAAAAUCCUGCCAUUUUAAGUUUAGGUAUCUGAUAUGUGGUGGUCAUCGGUUCAUAUAAGUUUCUUUAGGUUGACACGUCAUCAUCUUCUCUUGUGAUUAUCACUCAACUGCCAGUUUCCUGUUGCAUCUUUCUAACAUCCUUUUUCUUGGUGCAUGUUGUGAGAAUGUGAAAUAACACUGAGUAGCUGUUUGACAGUCAGGAGUUCGACUUCAGCUUUUCUCUCUUGGAAGGAGUCAUCAGUGGGUGAGCAGCCAUGGUGCUGUCUCCCCUCCUCCUCCCCCUCUUCCUCCUCCUCUCUCCUCUCCCCUCCACCUCUCUGUCACCAUCCUCCACCCAUGGAGUUGUGCCGGCUGUGUCGGCAGCAGGUCCGAUCCUGCAGGACCGGCCUUUCGUUGUGGUGUGGAACAUGCCGACUGCACGCUGUCACAAACUCUACAACAUCCACCUGGACCUGAGCUUCUUCGAUAUCGUGGAGAACAAACAGCAGCGCUUCCAGGGACAGAAAAUGACCAUCUUCUACCGUGACCACCUGGGGAAAUAUCCGUACCUCUCCCGAGAUGGCAGGAUGGUGAACGGAGGGAUACCGCAGCUCAGCGACCUCUCCGCUCACCUUUCCUCCAUGGUGACGCAGAUUUCCGGCUUGCUGCGGCCAAACUUCACCGGUUUAGCCGUUAUCGACUGGGAAGAGUGGCGACCGUUGUGGGAGUUAAACUUCGGCACCAAGAAAGAGUACAGGAGGCAGUCCAAGCUACUGGUGAGGCAGGAGAGACCGGAUCUGCCAGAGAGGGAGACCACAGCGUUGGCAAGGCAACGGUUUGAGGAGAGCGCUCGGAAGUUGAUGGAGGAGACGCUGCGGUCGGCGCUCAGAGAACAUCCCAGUGGAUUGUGGGGUUUUUAUGGUUUUCCUCUCUGCUUUAAUAAGCACAAGGAAAAGACAGAUAAAAGCUACACAGGUCGCUGCAGCAGGGGAACCAGAGAGAAAGACGACCGUCUGUCCUGGCUCUGGCGUCAGUCCACUGCUCUCUAUCCCAGCGUCUACCUGCCACAGAGGCUGGCAGGAUCCACGGACGCAGCUCUGAUGGUCAGGCACAGGCUGCUGGAGGCUUUGAGGGUGGCCUCAGUUUGGCGCCGUGACACCGAUCACGCCACACCGGUCCUCCCCUACGCCAGGCUGGCAUUCACACACACUCUCACUUUUCUCAAUAAGACAGACCUGGAGCACACACUGGGGGAGAGUGCGGCGCUGGGAGCUGCAGGUGUGGUGCUUUGGGGUCAGCUGAAAUUUGCCAAAUCCAAGCAUCAGUGCGUCCUCCUCCGGGACUACAUCCACACUGUCCUGGGUCCCUUCGUUCAGUCGCUGAGGUCCGACACGGAUCGAUGCAGCCUCCAGCUCUGCCGCGGCAACGGACGCUGCGCCAGGCGACGCCCCGGCUCUAGUCACAUGUUCUCCUCAGGUUCUUCAGCUGUGACCUCUGACCUGAAUGAAAUUAAUCCCCUCACUGACUCCUCCUCCAGUGGCAAACCUUUUCGAAACCACUUCAUGUGUCAGUGCUACCCGGGCUGGACCGGGCAGGAGUGUCAGGAGAAGAAGAAGAAGAAGAAGAAGAAGAAGAAGAAGAAGAAGGAUGAAAACAGACAGAAGAGCAAGUAACCCAAACCAAGGUGCUGUUAGUAAUGUCAAAAUGAAUUAAAACAAAUUAAUAUGUGAAUUUUGUUUAGUUUGUAUUUUUUUUAAAUAGGGUGAAAUUUACAUACAAUUUUACAUGAUUUUAUAAAUUAGAAACCAUCAAGUGCUUCAUAGUGCAAAUACUGAAAUUUGUUAAUCUAUUCAUUGAUAACAUCGACAUUCUCCAUCAGAAAACUCAUUGAUAUUGGUACCUCUG